AUCAACUCCAGCUUUGCAAACAACAGAUUCACCCUCAAAAAACUUCUAGGCCAGGGAACUUACGGCAAAGUUGUCUCUGCCAUCGAUAACCACAACAACAACAAAAUCAUCGCCAUUAAAAUCAUUAAAUCAAUCAAAAAAUACAGAGAAGCCUCAAAAAUUGAACUAAGAAUCUUAUCCACCAUCAAAAAAUUCGACCCAGAAAGCUACUACAACUGUAUCCUCAUCAAAGAAUUCAUCGACUACAAAAAUCACAUCUGUAUCAUCACUGAUCUACUAAGCAUCUCCUUAUUCGACUUUCUAGAAAAAAACAACUUUAGAAAAUUCCCUGGCUCCCACAUCCAAUCCUUCUCAAAACAAAUCCUAACCUCCAUUUGCUUCCUUCACGACCUAAAUAUCAUCCACACUGAUUUGAAACCUGAAAAUAUCCUACUCAUCAACUCAGACUACAUCUCCAAUAAAUUCCCAAAAAAUUUAUCUGUUCUCAACAACACUUCAAACUUGAUCUACAAAAAUUACUUUAACUCCAUAUCAAAACAAACCUCCCUUGAAUCAAAAAUCCUAAUCGAUACCUCCAUAAAUAUCAUCGACUUUGGCUCCGCCAUUUUCAACGACGAGUUCCACUCCUCAAUUGUUUCAACUCGCCAUUAUAGAGCCCCAGAAAUCAUCUUUGGCAUUGGCUGGUCCUACGACUGCGAUCUAUGGUCAAUAGGCUGUAUCUUGGCUGAAUUGGUUGUUGGUGAAGCCAUCUUCAAAACUCAUGACAACAUUGAACAUCUACUAAUGAUGGAAAAAAUUACAAACAAAAGAAUUGAUCUAAACCUCAUUUCAAAAUGCUGCCUCACCCAAGAUUUAAAACAAAAGAGAAUCAAACGCACACCCUACAAAAAUUAUUCAAAACACUUUUUAUCUGACGACGAUGAAUUGAUGGAUGAAUCCGAUAGGGUUAAAAGAAAACCUUCUUUCAAAAAAAAAUACUCUCUCGAAAAUGGUCGCAGGUUUAUAAAACAAAAAUUCCCAAGAGAUUACCCAAAAACUUCAAAGGGCUUUGUUAACUCCAUAUCAAGAAUCGAUAUUUUGGUUUCCUCAUCCAUCGGUAUCAACAUCAAUAGCGAUCUACCUUUGGAAGAAUCUUUCAUCAACUUCGACAAUAAGAAUAAACCCGUUGACAAAGACACUUUCACAUUUUGGUAUUUUUUUAUUGAUCUUUUGAUAAAACUAUUGACAAUUGAGCCUCAUAAGAGAAUCAGUGCUUGGGAAGCCUUGAAUCAUCCAUGGUUUCAAUUAGGCAUUUAUGAUGAAGGAACAAGCAAUGCCUCUAACCAUUAA